CGCGCUCUCGUCUGAGGAACCGCAGUCUCGAGAGCGCCGAGGUGGUGUUUCGGUGGACUCUGGCCAGCCUCUCCCGCGGACCCGCUGUGGUUGGGCUGCACCCCGGGCGGGGACGUCCGCCGGGCACGGGAGGGGGACACGAUGCCGAUCAAUAAAUCAGAGAAGCCAGAAAGCUGUGAUAAUGUGAAGGUCGUUGUUAGGUGCCGGCCCCUCAAUGAGAGAGAGAAAUCAAUGUGCUACAAACAGGCUGUCAGUGUGGAUGAGAUGAGGGGAACUAUCACUGUACAUAAGACUGAUUCUUCCAAUGAACCUCCGAAGACAUUUACUUUUGAUACUGUUUUUGGACCAGAGAGUAAACAACUUGAUGUUUACAACUUAACUGCAAGACCUAUUAUUGAUUCUGUUCUUGAAGGCUACAAUGGGACUAUUUUUGCAUAUGGGCAAACUGGAACAGGCAAAACUUUUACUAUGGAAGGCGUUCGAGCUGUUCCUGAACUUAGAGGAAUCAUUCCCAAUUCAUUUGCUCACAUAUUUGGUCAUAUUGCAAAAGCAGAGGGUGAUACAAGAUUUUUGGUUCGAGUGUCUUAUUUGGAAAUAUAUAAUGAAGAAGUUCGUGACCUUUUGGGCAAGGAUCAAACACAGAGGUUAGAGGUUAAAGAAAGACCUGAUGUGGGAGUUUAUAUCAAAGAUUUAUCAGCUUAUGUGGUAAAUAAUGCUGAUGAUAUGGAUAGAAUUAUGACACUAGGCCACAAAAAUCGUUCUGUUGGUGCAACUAAUAUGAAUGAACAUAGUUCCCGUUCCCACGCCAUCUUUACAAUUACUAUAGAAUGCAGUGAAAAAGGCGUUGAUGGUAACAUGCAUGUUAGGAUGGGAAAACUCCAUCUUGUAGAUCUUGCUGGUUCAGAAAGACAAGCAAAAACUGGAGCUACUGGACAGCGCCUAAAGGAAGCUACAAAAAUCAAUCUUUCACUUUCCACCCUUGGUAAUGUAAUUUCUGCCUUGGUUGAUGGAAAAAGCACUCACGUGCCUUAUCGUAACUCUAAAUUGACUCGUCUUCUUCAGGAUUCCUUAGGAGGAAAUUCAAAAACCAUGAUGUGUGCAAAUAUUGGGCCAGCAGAUUACAAUUAUGAUGAAACUAUCAGUACAUUACGGUAUGCUAACCGUGCUAAGAAUAUUAAAAAUAAAGCUAGAAUUAAUGAAGAUCCAAAGGAUGCUUUGCUUCGUCAAUUCCAGAAAGAAAUAGAAGAACUGAAAAAAAAACUUGAAGAAGGGGAAGAAAUAUCAGGUUCUGAUAUCAGUGGGUCAGAGGAGGAUGACGAUGAAGAAGGUGAGGUUGGAGAAGACGGAGAGAAAAGGAAAAAACGAAGGGGCAGUAGCAGCAGCAGUAGUUCAGACUCCACAUGUUCUGUCAUAGAGAAACCUCUGGAUAAGUUCUUGCCUAAUCAAGCAGGUAAAAAGAAAGUUUCCCCAGAUAAGAUGGUUGAAAUGCAAGCAAAAAUCGAUGAGGAGAGAAAAGCACUUGAAACAAAGCUUGACAUGGAAGAAGAAGAAAGAAACAAGGCUAGAGCUGAAUUAGAGAAACGGGAAAAAGAUCUUCUUAAAGCCCAACAGGAGCAUCAGUCUUUGCUGGAAAAAUUAUCUGCACUGGAAAAGAAGGUAAUUGUUGGUGGUGUUGAUUUGUUGGCCAAAGCUGAGGAACAAGAAAAACUUCUUGAAGAAUCUAAUAUGGAACUGGAAGAAAGGAGGAAAAGAGCAGAGCAACUUCGCAAAGAACUUGAAGAAAAAGAGCAAGAACGCUUGGAUAUUGAAGAAAAAUAUACCAGUUUGCAAGAGGAAGCACAGGGAAAGACCAAGAAAUUAAAGAAAGUUUGGACUAUGCUGAUGGCUGCAAAAUCAGAGAUGGCUGAUCUCCAACAAGAACAUCAGAGGGAAAUUGAAGGCCUACUGGAGAACAUUCGACAACUUAGCCGGGAGCUUCGACUUCAGAUGCUUAUUAUUGAUAACUUCAUACCUCAAGACUAUCAAGAAAUGAUUGAAAACUAUGUCCAUUGGAAUGAAGAUAUAGGAGAAUGGCAGCUAAAAUGUGUUGCCUACACAGGAAAUAACAUGAGGAAGCAAACCCCAGUACCUGAUAAAAAGGAGAAAGAUCCCUUUGAAGUAGACCUUUCCCAUGUGUAUCUCGCCUAUACUGAGGAGAGUCUGCGUCAGUCUUUGAUGAAAUUAGAAAGGCCACGGACUUCAAAGGGAAAAGCAAGGCCGAAGACAGGGAGAAGAAAGCGUUCUGCAAAGCCUGAAACUGUAAUUGACUCUUUACUUCAAUAAUGUUACAGACUUACAGUCAUAAUAAAAAUUAGUGAUAUUCUCAUGCCUGGAAAAAAUUUUUAAUUAAAACACUGAAGACUUCUGUGUAAUUGCAAAUAAUGGAAGCUGUAAAUGAUGAAGUAAGAUUGGAAAUAGUAAUUUGCCUAAUAACGUUUAGUCUGUAGAUAUUAAGUUAAUAUAACAUUAAAAUUGUACAACUGGUGAUUGUUCAAAUUGUCAUACUACAAUUAUACUGUGCAGGGAAGUUGGAGGAGCAGUUUAUACUAUAGAGAGUUGAGGUUUAGAUGUAUAUGUAAAUCUGUUAGCUAUUUACCUACCCAACUACUGUAUAUUUAGAUAACCAAAAUUUCAAAAGAGAAAAAAAAGUAUGUCAUGUUUUGCACAUGGAAAGUAGCAGAUCAAAUUAUCCUAUGUUGUGCUGUUAUGUAUGAAUGUUUGGGCUGCACAUCUAAGAAAUGACUCUAUCCUAACACUAACCUGCCAAGCCUGUUCAAAUAUGUUCUAGUUUUUAAACUAACACUGAUUGCAUUUUAAGUAUGAGGUGACUGAUCUUAUUGAUCUUCUGUAGAAAAUUUUAUAAUUCAGCAGUCAAUCUUUGCAAGUAUAUAUGUUUAAAAAAAAUGUUGAAAAUGUACUUCAUCUGGACCUCUCCUGACCUUUUUUUGCCAUUUUGAGUUCAAAUCAAACGUACAUUUCUUUUCUGGUUUUGUGUUCUCUUGAACUAUUGAAUUGUACCUAAAUAUAAAGGAGCCACAGUUUCAGAAAAUUAAGAAGCUAAGUACUGGUCACUUAACUUUGCCUGUAUGUGUAUUUUUAAAAAUUCACUUUGAAAUAUGA